AUGCCUUCCGAAAAGCCUUUUCAUCAUAGAGCUACUCUUAAGCAAACAAACAAACCUUUUAAAUCGAAACAUGCUACAAAAGGCUCUCUGAAAGAUAAAGCAAAAGGUAAAGUUAAACGUAAACCUGUAAAGCAAUCGACCCCACGACCUAAUUUUAUUUCAAAGGCCGAUCGCCGCAAUGCCGCCAAGUUGGAACAGAGAAAAAAGAGAGAGGAAUUGAUAAAAGCCAAUAGAUUUUUUGAAGGACGGAAUAGUACUCCAAAAAUUGUGGCUGUUAUUCCUUUAUGUUCCGAUGUAAAUUCACUUGAUGUUGUAAAAAACAUAUAUGCAAGCGUCGAACAAUCAGCUUCAUCAAUUAAUGGAAGCAUCGCUUUCUUGAACGCCGAACGUUUCAAGCAAAAAGUACAAUUCCUGCUUUUAGAACGUAAUUUAGUUGAUAUUCUUGAUGCGUGCAAGGUUGCAGAUUUUAUGUUAUUGGUACUUUCAGCAAAAGUCGAGGCUGAUCAAUUUGGAGAAUUAUGCCUUAAAGCCAUUCAAUCCCAAGUUGCGGAAAAUGAACCAAACUUUAUGGCAAAUGAGCAAACUUGGCCAACUGAAGAAGAAAUUAUCGGUAAUGAAGCUGAAUAUGAUGAGGAAUAUGAAGACAUUGAAGUUGAGAGUAAGCAAAGUGAGUUAAAUGAUCACUUGGAUCCUGAGGAAGAAGACAGGCAGUACGAAUAUUUGGCCAGUCGAGAAAAAGAACAUCGAGAUGAUCUCGAAUUUCCGGAUGAAGUGGACACACCGUUGGAUAAGGCCGCUCGAAUCCGGUUUCAAAAAUAUCGAGGUUUACAAAGUUUUCGUACUUCACCAUGGGAUCCAAACGAAAAUUUACCGAUUGAUUACGGUACUAAUAAUGUUCAUAAAUAUGAGAAAUUCAUUAAUCCUGGAAGAUCUUAUAUCGCUACCAUUUAUGAGGACGUAUUAUGGUUUAAACCAGUUCAAUUAACCACAAAGUAUGGUCGUACUGGCCAUAUUAAAGAAUCAUUAGGUACACACGGGUAUAUGAAAUGUGUGUUUGAUUCACCCAUAAAACAACAGGAUACAGUAAUGAUGAAUCUUUAUAAACGAGUAUUCCCCAAAUGGAAUACUACAGCUUUGUGGUUUAGUAGAACAAAAGUGACAGAAUUAAGUCAACAAGAGGAUAAGGAUAUAGGAAUAGGCAUUGAUGAUGUUGAAAUGAAAAAUAAUGAUGCUUUCUGA